AAAAAUAAAGCUUUGAUUAUACUGUCUAAAAUAAGUAAAAAUAAAUUCUUUAUGAAAAAUUCCCCUUAAACCUGGACGCUAUGAACUAUACAACCAAAUUCCCCUUUUCGAAUUCGUAAUGAUCUUGCAUAGGUUAAUUAAGUUUGUGCUUUUUGCCGGCACCUUUUACUUGGGCAAGGAACUGGGAGGCUGGGACGACCCAGUCGAAGCGGAAAUUGGUAAACCCAAGCUAGAAACAGAGGAUCCUGUUGGGACAGAAAGUUCUUCGAGUGACCAAUCAGCAGAAAAGAAGACCCAUGAUUUCCAGAACACUUUCUUCGAUGACGAGGACAAGCGUAAACUUCAGCGCAAGAAGGAGGAUUUGGAGAAAAAGUUGUGUCCCAGGGGAAGCAUCUGUGAGCCACCUCCAAAGCCUCUGAGCGAAAGCGUUGGCGAUGCUCUCUAUGACACCUGGCUGGCCUUGAAAAAGAUUCCAUCCUACUGGAGCAGAGCAGCCGAAUCCAUGGCAACCAGCAUUUGCCGACUUUUUAAGGGGGAUAAAUAAGUAAUAAACUUAAAUUACCUUUUAUAAAUAUAAAGAAGAGUUAAACUAAUA